AUGGAGGUUAUUGAAAGACCCGCGGUUCCGAGUUCUAAUAUUUCCCAGCAGAAGCUGCAGCCUCCUUAUGUCUGCAUACUGAAUCACGAAGAUUUUUCGGAAAAUCCUGGUCUCAAUCGAAAGGGCAGCUCAAAGGAUGUCGAAGCACUGCACAGGACCUUCAAGAAACUUAAUUGCCAGAUCGAAGACGUUAGCAAUCCAACGUUUGCCAAGGUUCAGGACACAAUGGAGAAAUUGUCUGAAAAAAACUUUGACAACCUGGCUGGAGUGGUAAUCGUCAUCUUGAGCCAUGGAAAACUGAAAGAAAAGAUCCUCACCUGCGACAGUAAAAAUUACGACUUAGACGAACAUGUUCUCUUUAAGCUCAAUGAAAACGAAACUCUGAAAAGGAAACACAAAAUCCUGAUAGUCCAAGCCUGCAAGGGCGGGUGGGAGAUGGAUGCUGCUUAUGAAGAUGGCUCACAGUUUAUGAAGUGCUACAGCACCACAGAAGGUUUUGUGAGCUAUCGCAACCGCUCGACUGGUUCGAUUUAUAUACAAACCCUGUGCGCCGCAAUGGAUCAGGAUGCCCUCAAGAAGGACUUUAAGUUGAUCAUUGAGGAUGUAAACGAGAAGGUGGAAAAGUUGGCCGAGCUUAAAGGUAUAAACCAAAAGCCAUCGAUAUCUUAUAACAAAUGGCAACCGCUCUGUUUUGGACACUUUGUAAACAACGUACUGUAAAUAGUAAAAAAAGAAAGAAACCUGCAGUAAAACGAACUUUUAAAUAAUCUUUAAAGUUUUAUAAGGGUAUCGUCCAGUCGGAGUGUGAAUCUGAAUUACCAAAGAAGAGCGCAAUUGCGUUUAAGUUAACUGAACACAGACUAAGGUGAUUAGCAGAUAACUCAAAUACUAUUAAGACAACAGGCCGUUGGAAAAACGGAUCCCUCAAUCCAGACUCAAAGACUUUUGUAAAAAUUAAAAAUAUAUAUUUUGCCAUAUUUUGCCCUCAAUCCAGACUCAAAGACCAUUUAAUUCUGAUAAUUAAACUUCUACCGCAUCUUGAGGAUGUCUCACUUCGACGUAGUACAAUAUUUGACCCAAAUUGUAUCACGAAGAUAUCAUAAAAUCUUUUUUUUAUAACUACUACAAAUUUUUACUUUUAGUCUACUUAGUUUUAUUGCUCCUGUUAGUAAUUAUUUUGAAAAAAAUUAAAAAUAAAUUUUU